UCCAAGAAAAACCUAUACUCAUUUCCACCGCUGAUGUAGAACAGUAUGGCGUGAUGGAAAUGGCGGACGUUGAAUGGAAAUCCUAACAUGAAUGAAACAAGGACGCGUACUAGUGUGAUAUUUUCUAUUGUAAUCAGGGUUUUUUAAUUUACAUACUUUGCGGAAUAACUUCUUAGCAUAAUGAUAUCACUCCAGCGCCAAAUGGACAGUGCCAUAACUCUGAGAUUGGUGCACGAUCUGAGUCCAGAUUCCGAAGAGAAUUAUACGGAUGAAGAUGAAGAAAGCCUCGCAGUUCAACGCGAGAGCUUUCUCAUAAGUUGUCUCGCGCAAGCGGCAAUCAACAACAACAACAGUAUUAGUCACUUGUCACAGACCACGUGCGAUCGCUUCUGUCACAAGACCGAAAACAUCACAGAGUCUUUCACACGCUUCGAGUGGAAACAACAUCAGUUUGAGCGUAUCAAUAACCACAUUAAUGAGCAGCAUCUAUACAAGACUCUGGAGGAACCGAUAGCCAAUAUCAACCUUGUAAAUAACAACUAUUUACAGUCACCGGAGGUGGAUUGCGAUUCCAGCGACAAGGAAAAUGUUAGACCGGCCUCGCCACCGUCUUGUCGAGGGACCGUUUCGACCUUCAAAAGUAGCAGACGGCCACGGAAGUUGCCCGAUAUACCAAAGCUAAACGUGCAAGCCACAUCGGUGCCCUUGCGGCCAAAAGUAGAGUUACAACAACCGAUGUCUUGCGGACGAAUUGCAACAAGCACUCUUAAAGAAGGAGCUAAAUCAUGAUACAGACUAUGACGCUGAUGACGUCUUUCUUCCAAAUGGCACUGAGAAGGAGUACCCUAAAUAUAGCGGGAAGUUUCUAGAGGAACUUAAGUGUGUGAAGUUUAAUUCUGUGUCUAAAAAUACACGGGCCUACUUGAACUCUGACAAUAUGUACCUGAAGGAAGAUUCGUGUUGUCAACCGAAUGACUUAGUACAGUCACGUGACCAACCUCUUGUGGCCACUGGCGGGCGAAAUUUCGAAGGAGGAGGAGAAGAUUCCCGUCGAAAUAGCUCGUGUUUACCGGGUACCGCCUACCAGGACCUGGUGGUUACGCACAGAGGCAUGCACCGUUUUAUACCUCGACACAAGGACGAAGUGUCCAUAGAAAUAGGUGACCCCCUGCAUGUCGUAAAAACCGGCGAUGAUUUGUGGUGCGAAGGCGUCAACCUACGUUCAAACCAGAGAGGCGUAUUCCCUUCCAUGUAUGCUACUGACCUGGGGUUUCUAGAAGAAGAAGAAGAGGAGAACGGCUGUUCAAAGUUCUUCCUGCGUUUCCUUGGUUCUGUAGAAGUCAAUUAUCAUAAAGGCGACGAGGUGCUAUGCCAGGCAAUAAAUAAGGUGGCCCUUUCACGACGUGCAGUGAAAUCGUCACUUCCACCACCCGUCUGUAACGUAGAAAUCAGCCAGUAUGGUGUACGGAUGUUUGACAAAAGCAUGACCGGGCACGGUAAUGAUGACACGUUUACGCAUUUCUUCGCAUUGAAAAACAUAACAUUCUGUGGACACCAUCCUCGCAAUGAAAGAUAUUUCGGGUUUAUCACAAAACAUCCGAACCAGUAUCGUUAUGCAUGCCAUGUAUUUCUUGGAGAGAAAUCCACUCGUUCCGUGACAGACGCCAUGGGGCAAGCAUUUAAGAGGUUCUACCAAGAAUACAUGGCUUUCACCCAUCCAACGGAAGACAUCUACAUGGAAUAAGCUAGCAAUGUCAAUAGUUAUCCUUAAAUGACACUUAAAAACUAAAUUUUUAUUUAAAAUCAAUGUAUGAUAGUCAAGUUUUAUGUUGACGAAAUAUACCUUAAUGAAACCACGCAAAAUAAAAUGAUCCUCAACGUUA